AUGAACACAGCAUAUGUAAAUGGCCUUGGAAUUAAUGGUCACGCCGCAGACCACUCAGAAAACGGAGUAGCAGUUAUGAAGACUAAUGGUUGCCACAUGACUAAUGGCCAUCAGACGGCAGGAAAAGAUGCAAGUUUGUACUCGACUGGACCUCAUGAGGCUAUCCCAGAGCGUGUAUUGAUCACUGGUGGUGCAGGCUACCUUGGUUCAACCCUGGUACCCCUGUUGUUGCAACGUGGUUAUGAUGUCGUUGUAUAUGACAAAUUCCUGUGGGGAGUGAGUCCUCUAUUGGGUUAUGCAGGCAAUCCACAUCUGAAGAUUGUGCAUGGAGAUGUCCUGGACAAGAAGCAUCUAGCCAAUGAAAUGGGUGACUGUGACAUUGUUAUUCAUCUUGCUGCUAUCGUUGGUUACCCCGCCUGUGAGAAAUUUAAGGAAUUAGCUGAGGAGGUCAACUUGCAAGGUACUCAAAAUGUUGUUGACAAUCUCUUGCCUGGUCAGCGACUGAUUUAUGCUUCCACUGGCUCAUGCUAUGGAGCAGUUGAGAAUGGUCUUUGCAAUGAAGAAACACCAAUAAAUCCAUUGACACUGUAUGGCAGAACUAAGGCGGAAGGAGAGAAGAUAGUCUUAGAGGCUGGAGGAGUUGCCCUGCGUUUAGCCACUGUCUUUGGAGUUUCUCCCCGUCUGAGGCUUGAUCUACUGGUGAAUGACCUAACGUACAAAGCCCUUACUGUGAAGCACUUUGAUCUUUACCAAGGGGGAUUUCGUCGCACUUUCUUACACGUGAAAGAUGCUGCUCGUGCUUUCGUCUUUGCUAUAGAAAAUGUUGAAAAGAUGGAAGGCCAAGCAUUCAAUGUGGGUGAUGAAAAAAUGAACUUUUCCAAGUCCGAUGUUGCUAAGUUCAUACAAGAAGCAGUUCCAGAAUGCGUGAUAAGUGAAUCAAACAAUGGAGAGGACAAAGAUAAACGGGAUUAUCAAGUUUCUUACAGGAAGAUAAAAGAUUUGGGUUAUUCAGCCACGAUCAGUGUGCCAGAUGGUAUUCAGGAACUUUUGAAGAUUCUUCCAAUUAUAACUCCAGAAGAUGCCAAAAAAGCUAGGAAUGUUUGA